AGUGUGUAAGCCCACAUGCAUGACACAACAUAUCCUACAAAAUGCGUUCAAUGGUCGAACACUUGAUGGGCACCAUGGGAGGCGGAGAUUACGGGGGCGCAGAGGCGCGUGGGCGCGCGGUGAUCCUCGUCCCGUUCCCGGCGCAGGGCCACGUGACCCCGAUGCUCCACCUCGCGCGCGCCCUCGCGCGCCGCGGCUUCGCCCCGACGCUCGCGCUCCCGGACUUCUUCCACGGCGCCGCCGCGCCGCCGCUCGACCCCGCGGUCGCGCUCGCGCCGCUCGCCACGGGGACCCCGCGCGGCGGCGGCGGGGAGGGGUUCGCGGGACUCGUCGCGGCGAUGGAGGCGCGCGCGCCCGCGCAGCUGGAGAGGUUGCUGCUGCGGCGGCGCGGCGCGGGGGCGGGGGCGGGGGAGGAGGUGGCGUGCGUGGUGGUGGACGUGCUCGCGUCGUGGGCGGUGCCCAUCGCGGCGCGGUGCGGCGUCCCCGCCGCGGGGUUCUGGCCCGCCAUGCUCGCCAGCUACCGCAUCGUCUCCGCGAUACCGGAGCUCCUCCGCAAGGGCCUCAUCUCCAACUGCGGUACUCCUCUGCAGGAACUCCACUUACCUUUCCUACCGAAAGCGACCGCCGGCGACCUCCCGUGGCUCGUCGGGAACUCCACAUCCCGGAAGCUGCGAUUCGCCUUCUGGCGCCGCACCCUCCGCCGCGCCCAAACCCUCCCCCACAUCCUCGUCAACUCCUUCGACGACGCCGAGCCCGGAAGUCGCGACUUACCGGAACUCACCACUUCCCCGCCCGGCCCACGCAUCCUCCCCAUCGGCCCAUUAACAGCCCACGAUGAGGCCCGGCCCAAUUACGGCCUGUACCAGCCCGACCCAACCUGUGUGGAUUGGUUGGACUCGAAGCCCGCCGGGUCCGUGAUCUACGUGUCGUUCGGGAGCUGGGUGGGGCCCAUCGGGCCCGACCGGGUCGACGCGCUCGCGCGCGGGUUGGACUCGACCGGCCGGCCGUUUCUCUGGGCCUUGAAGCCCGAACCGGCCUGGCGAACCGGGCUCCCGGCCCGGUUCGAGGAGCGCGUCGCGGGGCGCGGGAAACUCGUGGGUUGGGCCCCACAGGAGGAGGUUUUGGGCCACCCCUCCGUGGGCUGCUAUCUUACGCACUGCGGGUGGAACUCAACGGUCGAGGCGCUAAAAUGCGCCAAGAGGCUCCUGUGCUACCCCAUCUCCGGGGACCAAUUUGUGAAUUGCGAAUACAUCGAGGGGGUGUGGGGGAUUGGGCUGAGAGUGGAUACCAUGGAUUUGGGUGAGUUGAGGGGCUGCGUUGAGAAGGUGAUGGGUGGGAGAGAGGGCGAGGAGAUGCAGAGGAGAGUGGAUGAGCUGCGAAGAGAAGUGCUUCAGGGGAAAGCUAGUGUUAGAGCCAAGAACAAUCUCCAAUUGUUUGUGGAUUCAAUUAAGCGAACGCCUCGUGUGCGAGAGUAAACAGUUGUUGUAUUCGGGAUACUGAUUUUGACAGAGCAGUUGCUACAGCUUGUCGAGUUUAUAGAAUUAAUA